UGCACGUCAGUUGUAUGCUGUCGUGUUUCUCCGUUACAGAAAGCACAGGUGACAAGCUUAGUGAGAAAAGGCGCAAAAAAGAUUACUCUUAGUAUUGGUGAUGGUGCCAACGAUGUAAGCAUGAUUCAAGCAGCUCAUGUUGGUAUAGGAAUAAGUGGGAUGGAGGGAAUGCAAGCUGUGAUGGCUAGUGAUUUUGCCAUCGCUCAGUUCAGAUUUCUUACUGAUUUGCUUCUUGUCCAUGGACGGUGGUCAUAUCUUAGAAUCUGCAAGGUGGUCAUGUAUUUCUUCUACAAGAAUCUUACCUUCACUUUGACUCAGUUUUGGUUUACAUUUCGAACUGGAUUUUCUGGUCAAAGGUUCUACGAUGAUUGGUUCCAGUCAUUGUAUAACGUUUUUUUCACUGCUCUUCCUGUCAUUGUCCUUGGGCUGUUUGAGAAGGAUGUGAGUGCGUCCCUUUCGAAGAGAUACCCAGAACUGUAUAGGGAGGGAAUACGUAACUCAUUUUUCAAAUGGAGAGUCGUAGCAGUAUGGGCUACUUCUGCUGUGUAUCAGUCUCUCGUCUGCUAUCUCUUCGUGACCACCUCUUCUUUUGGCGCUAUAAAUUCAUCAGGCAAAAUAUUUGGUCUCUGGGAUGUUAGCACAUUGGUUUUCACAUGUCUGGUGAUUGCUGUGAACGUGCGCAUUCUUUUGAUGAGCAAUUCCAUUACAAGAUGGCAUUAUAUCACAGUUGGUGGGAGCAUUCUUGCGUGGCUUGUUUUUGCUUUCGUAUACUGUGGGAUUACGACAUCACGUGAUAGAAAUGAAAAUGUCUACUUUGUCAUAUAUGUCCUGAUGAGUACAUUCUAUUUCUACUUCACAUUGCUGCUUGUUCCCGCUGUCUCCCUUCUAGGAGAUUUCAUCUACCAAGGGGUUGAGAGAUGGUUCUUCCCGUAUGAUUAUCAGAUCGUUCAAGAAAUUCAUAGGCACGAGUCCGAUGCAACCAAAGCGGAUCACCUGGAGAUAGAGAACGAGCUCACACCUCAAGAAGCGAGAAGCUAUGCGAUAUCCCAAUUGCCACGGGAGCUCUCAAAGCACACUGGGUUUGCAUUUGAUUCACCAGGUUAUGAAUCUUUCUUUGCGUCCCAGUUAGGUGUAUACGCGCCACAGAAGGCGUGGGAUGUGGCAAGGAGAGCCAGUAUGAGGUCACGGCCUAAAGUACCAAAGAAGUAGAACUGAUAUAUAUACAUUAUUGCUGAUUGGGGAGUUUGUUUUUGUUAGGCCUUAGUUUUUUAAAUAUACAGUAGGUAGAAAUGAACCUCUUAAGGUGUUUUACUAA